AUGGCGACACAGCUCGUCCCGCUUCCGGAGGUCGAGCGCCUCAGCGCAUCGGUGGUGAGGAUUCUGGGAGGGAAUCCUGGCAAGUUUACACUACAAGGAACAAACACAUAUCUAAUCGGCCGCGGCCACCAACGAAUCCUAAUCGACACCGGCGAAGGCAAGCCGUCGUGGGCCACGCACCUCCAGUCCGUGCUGUCCGCCGAAAAAGCCACCGUGCACCAAGCUCUGAUCACCCACUGGCACGGCGACCACGUCAAUGGCCUCAAGGAUCUACGUGCCAUCUGUCCCCAGGUUCAGGUCUUCAAGCACCAGCCUGACGACGACACCCAGACGGAUAUCCAAGACGGACAGGUUUUCUGCGUGGACGGCGCCACUCUGACGGCGUCUCAUACGCCUGGACAUACGGUUGAUCAUAUGGUUUUUGUGUUGGAGGAGGAGGAUGCGAUCUUUACGGGUGAUAAUGUCCUGGGCCACGGCACCGCCGUCUUCGAGGACCUCAAAACAUAUCUCUCAAGUCUACACCGCAUGCGCGACCGUGUCUCCGGACGGGGAUAUCCCGGGCACGGUGCCGUGCUGGAGAGUGCGACGGCCCGGAUAACGGAGUAUAUCAAGCACCGCCAGCAGCGAGAAGACGAGGUACUGCGGGUUUUGCGGUAUGGAAAGCUGAGCAUCGAGGAGAAUGAGCCAUCGCCUGAGCGCCGACAGCCAUUUACUCCGCUAGAGCUGGUCAAGAUUAUCUACCGUGAUGUCCCGGAGAGUCUGCAUCUGCCGGCGUCGCAUGGCGUAUUGCAGGUGUUGAUGAAAUUGGAGGACGAGGGGAGGACGGUGCAUGAUCGGGACUCUGGGAUGUGGCGGUUGGGGGAGCGGUCUGCGCUGUAG